ACCUACCACUCUGACUGGACAUUCAUCGAGCAGCUCUGACUAUAUCCAUCACAGUCGCCGACAGUAAUUCGUAAUCCUCUCCGCACAGCUGAAACGCAUCAAUCGGUCGUAAAUCGUCUCACUGCGACGUGAUGCAAGAAACAGCUGUUGUUUCGCUGCGCACUUAGUACAGCGCUUAGUACAUCGCGAAGGGAAUCAGCGAACGGAAAGGCUUUAGUCAUCCGAUACGUUAACAUACGUCACGGACAACCAUACAGUAGAACGGCUUGCUUGUCUGCUACCGUUUUUAGAUUGAGAUCCGAUUAUUUUCAUCUAGAAUCAUGUCUACAGUACGGUACAGUACUAAUCUGCAAACGUCCGCUUUUUCAUAAUUUUUGUUCAUCAAAGAUGGCCUUCAUUACGGAAGAUUUUACUGAUAUUAGUGUUGAGGAAUUAGAGGAUUGGGGUGAUCUCGUGUUGAGUCCAGAGGAAGAAGAGUUAGGAGUUUCUAAUGCUAAUGUCGGGAAUGUGAGUGAUCGGGAAGGUGAAGACCACGAACAACAUGACGAAGCCGGGUCAUCAUUAAGUGCCAAGGCCAAGCAGACUGAACUUAAAAAUGUUGCCAAGUCUAGACAGAAGUCUUCGAAGAAAAAGGAGAAUCAACGAACAGCUGAAGCAAAGCCGGAUGCAGAUCAGGAAGUGCAGCAGAGUGCAUCCCAGAAAGCUGACAAAAAGAAACAAUCAAAAGUAUUCUUUGUACUGAGCCCUGAUACUAGGAGAAAGAUGGAAUCAGAAGCAGUGUCUACAAUAAGAAACAUCCUUCAGUUGGUUUCCAGUGAAGAAAGAUUUUCAGGCAAACAUGGAUAUGGUGGAGAUGUUAAGUCCAUGGCACAAAGGAUCCUGGCAUUUGAGAACUCUGAUUUGGAAAAUAUGAGCAUGUAUAUGUUCAACAUAAUAUUAGAUAUUGUUGCUGCUGUUGACAAGACCCCUGUUGGUGCCUCUUUACAGGAGGAAAUAUUCAAGAGGUUCCAUAUAGUUAGACUUGAAGAAAAGCAUAGAGAUUAUUGGAGAGAGUUCUUGAAUAGUCUUCGUAUAGAUUCGGUGGGGCGCAUUGUCGGAAAUUUACUCUACCAGUUCAUGUUGGAAAAAGUUCUUCAAAAGACAGUCUCCUUUGUUGGAAGCCAACAGGUAAAUGAGAAGGAAGCCAAUCCUCGUGUUGAGUUGAACGAACGUGAACUUCAGGUACUGCGGUAUGUUUCUGGAUUCAUCCCGUAUGCUCUCUUGAAGAGGUAUCGGCGUGGAAAGUCACCUCUGGCAAAGGAGUACAUCAGAAUUCUUCAGUCCUGGAGGGCAAGCCAGGACAAGGAGACCAUGGCCCCAUCCUUCCUAGCAUAUACCAUUGCUUGGAUGGAAAUGCAAAAUAGAGGAGGACUGUUUUGUGUGACUGAUGAUGUAUUCAGGUUUUUCUGGGCAUGUGAACGUGUUGCAAAACCAUUUCUGAACAGGAAGAAAAUUGGAGAACUCAGAAAGACAAACUUGAAAACUACCCUGUUCAAGUCGUGCGCCGAGGACAACAAGGUCACGCAGCAGUGGAACUCCUUGAUCUGUCGGUAUUCCAUUAACACAGACAUGAAACCUCUGUUCCAUUCAAUUCUAAAUUACUUCACCAAAAUCCGUAUCACUGCCUUUGUAAAAGCUUUCAACUUGGUGGAGAAGCAAGCGAAGCGUGCCUCAUCUAAAGGACAAAGAAGUCUAAGGAAAGAACUAGCAAAGUAGCGUACAUGUAUUUUGCUGUUUUUUCAUGAUUUUUGCACAGUACCAUUUUACCUGUUGCCUACAUGUUCAUGUAAGUUUCAGCAUGGACCUACCGUGGUUUCAGGAUUCAACUUUGAAUUUAGUGCAUGUACAUCUUGAAUUUAAAUUCCUAACGAUGAGAAAGUUACAUUCAUCAUUACUCAUGUAAAUUUAUUUUCCUCUUGAUGAAGAUUGACCUGCUUGCAUGUCCUCCAUGUUGAAUACUUAUUUUGUUAAGUCAAGAUUCCAAUGCAUAGCCUUUGAUCAUGCUGGAUUUAGAUUGUGUUUUCAUCAAUUGAAUUAAUUUUUUUCACCAAGCAAAACAUUUCAUAUGCACUUGUAUGCACCUCUUCAUGUAAUGUAUAGAUGGUCAUACUGACUUUGAUAUGUUAGCAUCCUUCAUGUGGUAGAAAAGGACUUGAAUUUACUGGUGCUAUUUGGAUUAGGAUGGUGAGAAGAGUUGCAAAGUAACAGCCUAGACUGUAACAUAAGAAUGACAAUUGAAAAAUUUGAAAUAAAUACAUGCAAAUGUGCUAUAAAUUGGCAAUACAUGUACAAUGUAUUUUGGAAUGGAACUAAGUGUACAUGAACAUUAUGGUAUGCAAAAUAAUAAAGUCCUUGGAGAUGUCAUACAUUAGGUGCUUCAACUUUGACAAUGUUACAUGAACCACGGACCUACCACCCUGACUUAGGUCCAUGCAUGGACAGUAGACUGCUUAUGUUGAUCGUCUUAAAAAAAAUCAAUCACCUAAAUAUUUUUUUCUAGCCAAGAAUACAUGUAGAUAUUACAUUCAUGUGUUUGUAAUUUAAGUGUACAUGGGUUUUUUUAAAGCGCAUUCUUUUCCAAAGUCGAAUGGAUUUUUGUAGUCACAGAUUUGACUUUAUCAGGCUAGCCUUUACAGUCCGGGUACAUCUCAUUCUAUUUGUUAACUGGAUUAAUGUGCCCAUAAUUUUGGUCUAUAGAUGUUUUCUUAUAUUUUUGAACAGUCAUUGAACUUUUUUGCACAAUAUCAUUUUUAUCUGUUGUUUCAUAACAAGAUGCACACUUUACAUAAAUGUUCUACACUUGUAUGUUCAUGAAUAUGUAAUCCAUUAUUGAGAAUUUUCCUUAGACAAAAAAAAGAGAAUACAUAUUCUGGAAAAAAAAUAUUUUGAGAAUGUACGUUUCAAGAUUUCAUUGCAUUUGUAGAGUACAGAGACAGAAAAAACAUUGACCUACCACCUUUAACAUGUUCUUAGUCAAUUUCCUCCAAUGUCUAACAGUUUUCUGUGAUCAUGAAUUUGACUUUGCCACCUUUUUGGUGGUAGGUCCAUGGUGAAAUCUGCAUUUAUAAUAAAUCAGUGAUAUAAAGAAAGUUUUAUAAAAAGUUUUGAUAGAAAGAUUACAAAAGAACAAACCCUCAAACCACAGAUGUAUGUAUUAUGAGUUGACAAUAAAAUGUCAAGAUUCUUUGCAUUUUUAUUAAUGAAAUAAAUCGUGAAUUAACAGUAUUGAACUCUGAUCAUUAAACAUGAAAAUAAUAAUGCAUAGUUAUGAUUUGCAAAAUAAGGUAGAAAGGGGAUGCAUGGAAUCAAGGACUAGAGGAAAUGGGAGAGAGCAAAAGAAAACGUGAGAGAGAACGGCAUACAAUACUCUGAGAGUGCUACAUGUAGUGGUAUUAAGCAGACGAAUGGUGAGGCAUUUACAUUUAACCCUAAUUAGACUGGGAUAUUUCGACACCUAAUAAGAAGACAGGGGGGCUGAAUCCUUAUGAUCUUGGGCCGUCGAUCGCGACUAAAAUUGGCACACGCGUUACCCAUGGCAUUAUCUACAAAAUUGAAAUAUCAAAUUCUGCAAAAGUCUCAUUGCUCAUUAAUUAUGCUAAGUUUGGUCUAAUUGAUAAAACAUUUCCCCUGAAAGUGCAAUUUUUGAUUCACAUACUCUAGAUAGGCAUCUAAUCAAAUUUGUUUCUGAUGUGUUUUGUUUUCUAAAUUUCGUAUGAAUUUCUUUGUUUUUCGACAUUUUGUUUUUUCAAUGGAAAUUGUCGGGGACU